AUGGCUAGAAUAGUAUCUUCUGAUGAAAACACAACAACUUAUAUGAUGCCUAGUCAUUUCGUGGCAAAGGAAAACGAAAUGAUCCAAAAUGGCAUCAAUCCGAUUUUGGCUAACGAGAUUUAUAACAAUGGAGGAUUCAUAGUAAGCUUUUUGUUAUUAUUUUUGGUUUUUAGAUUGAAUACAAUAUCAGGAAUGUGAUGAUGAGCGGUUUGAAGAAUUUUGAUGCGGUUAAAUUGUAAAAAACGGCUGUAUAUUGAGUUAGAAAUGAAUUUUUUCUUUGAAUUGCAGUUUUUAUUACAACGUUUUUUCCCCGUAUAAUAGGUAGAGGCUUGAAUGUCUUUACGGACUAGCUAUUAGAUUAAUUUAUGAGAAAGAGAAACUAAUAGCAGGGUGGAUACUUUUUAUAUUAUAGGUAUUUCACUGUCUCUGUACUUGGUCUUAUUAUCUUGUUGUUUAUUUUUUUAUUUUUUAAUUGAAGACGUUUACUACAUGGAAAAAGUGUAAAUGAUAAUAGAGAUUAUCCUUUUAUUUUUAAUAUUAACUAAAAAUGAAAAUUUUCAGGUUUUUCUAAACUUACCAAAGAAGGAUAUAACGGUAGGCAUUGAUUAUCGUAACUUCACACCAACUGAAAAGUUUAUGGGUUUUAAAAUGAUUCCACCUGGACUACAUUACAUCACCGUGAAGUAUAAAGAAGCUCCAACGAUUUCAUUUUUUGUUUGGAUGGAUUUGGGGACAGUGUAUGCUCCAAAAUGGAACUUGGCCAACGAAGACUUUGAGGAUUCACUUUACAGCGAGUUUUGGUCGGAAGUAAGAUGUUUUUGGGUUAAAAUGCUUUUGUUUUUUGUUUAGGAUAGUAUCAGGGCUUUGUUACUACUAUCUUGGUUUUUUCUGUACUUUAGCUUCAAAGCCACCUAAUGUUAUCCUAGCUAUGCGUUAACAUAUUUUACUUAUUUUAUGACUUUUCUUAAAAGAUAACUAAUGUUUUACAUUUCAGGACGCUUCAAAAAAGAACAAACAAGAAGCUCAAAGUGUGAUGAAGAAGUACGACGACUGUUUGGCUUGUUAUCCAUAUCCACAGCUGAAAGAAUGGCAGUCUAUCACGUCGCAUAUCAGUAAAGAAGUGUUUGAAAGGUUGCGACCGGCGAAUAAGCUUGGUAAAAUUAGCGAACAAUUGGAAUUUGAAACGAAGGAACAUAAGGAACAGCAAAAACAGGUAAAUUUUUAAUUGAGGUUAUCUAUUGGCCAGGCUUUUGAGUAAUAUUAGUUGAUAUUUACUCGUUUUCAGCAUUUUUUAGCGAGUUGCAUGUUUUUUUAAAUCUUAAAGCUUCUGACUUUCAGGGUACGUCAGAAGGCAUUUCCACCGUAAAUAAGGAUCAGCCAACAAGGUUACGCUUCAAAGACGAUGCAGGGCUGCCAGUAUUCGAAUACAAGCCUGGUGGAAGGAUAUUCUUCACAGAGUUGGCAGAAGUAAUUUUUUGUCUUGGUUAUGGUUGAGUGAAAAAAAUUUUUGGGGAUGUCACUUUGAGGGUAGGACGAAAGAGCAGAGAAAAUGAGAUAAUGUGGUAUAGAGGACGGCGAACUAACAGGGCCGUUAGGGUUGGGUGGUGUACGAGGGUAGACGCGGGUAGGGCAGGCUGAGGUAGAGCGGGGUGGGGUAUAGUAGGGUAGAGUGUAAAGUAGUUUAGGGAAGGGUCUUAUAGUAUAAAGUAGUUUAGGGCAGCGUAUGGUGGGGUAUGGUAGGGUAGUAUAUUUUUUCAAAAUUUUUAACGAAUAUUGAGUUGUUCAAAUAAUUCUGUGCACUCUAACUCCGAAAAUUUUUUUUUGAGAGAAAGCCCAAAAUUACUUGAACAAUCUCAAUAGGUUUUUUAAGAGAUUAUCUUAUAGUUUUUUAAAAAUUGUUAUUUUUAGAAUGUAGCGGGUCAGAAGACAACAAAAACAAGGCUGGAAAGGGUUUUGCAAAAGAUUGACUACAAACAGUUAUUGGGCGAAGUUCAAUAUGCGUAUGUCAUCUUUUUAAUAGGACAGGUAGGUUCAAUGUCUAUUUUUUUAAUUUUUCGGUACAAAAUAGUCAUUUUUCUUCAAUAUUUGUCGUUUUUUUUGUUUAAAACGUCUGAAUAAUGUUAAAAAAAAAUUAAUUUAUUGGGUUUUUCAAAUAAUCAUGUGCUAUUUUUCAAUGCAAAUUUUCUGGACUGGGGGCGCAGAAUUCUUUGAACAAACUAUAAUAAUAUUUUUUUCCAAAAAUUUUAAUGUUAUUCACCUUUUACGACAUAUCAUUUACGCCCCAAAACACAAACAGCAAGCGGUUCGAAAGCUCAGAGAGCGUUCGCCUCUACUAUUUACCUAGCCUUACAAUGGUUUCAUACUCUGAUCGCUCUCUGUGCCGACCACACUCUUUCCCCCAACAGAUUGGGCUUUCGCAAUCAGAUGUACUUUAUAUUAUAAAUGUUGGUUUUUGGUUUCAUUUAAUCACCCAGCGUCGUAACGAUGUAAACCACGUCUGAUAAACAAGUUGUAACUAAAGAUAGUAGCUGAAGUGAUAGUAGGUGAUAAGUAGGUUGGGUGAUGAAUAAGGUUGGUGAACAAGGUUAACAAGGGAAGUAAUUUUUUAGAUUUUCUUGAUGAAUAAGGUACUAAAACGUAAUUUUUUGAUGGAUAAUAUGCUUUGAAACAGUUUGGAUUUUACAAUAGGAAAACUAGAAUUUGGUUUUUGUUGAUAAAGGUAAACAAGCUGAUAAUAUCUUGUAAACCUUGACUUCUAUCAUUCGAAAAAAUGAUGACCUGACCUUUCUUAAUUGUAGAGAAUGUAAUUUUUGAUUUUUAAAGAUGAUUUGAUACCUAAAAAUUGAUAAGGUCCUUCUAAAUGGUAUAAAGUACAAUAUUGACCACUAUAAAACCUAAGGCUAUUUCCGUGGAACUAGCUUUGUUUACAGAAGUUACCAAAUGAUAAUUUUACAAACAAUAUCAAGUAAUAAGGUUACAAAAAUUAACAGCUGAUUUCUUUACAAAAGGCAUCAAGAACUGAUUCAAUUCAUAAGCCAUCAAAAAGGAAAACACUUGCAAAGAGAACCUUAACACCCAAGUUUAAGUAAAACAAUGUUAUGUUUACUUUUUACUUUAAAAUAUGUUCUAAAGCGCACAAUUUUAAAUCAAAAUAUUGAAAAAGCAGAAUCAGUAGAGACGAUUGCUAUCAGACACAACAAAGAAUAUAAAGAACGAUCAUCUAUACAGGACAUUAUUAGCUUUAGAGGCUUGAAAACAACUUUGUACCUCUAAAACUAUGCUAAAAAUGCUUUUUUUGUUAUGGAAAAUCAUAAAUAAUUAUAAAAGUAAUCAAAUAUUGAGCGUUUUGAUAAAAUUUAAAAUGUUGGCUUUAAUUAAAUGUUGUGAUAGCCAAGUAAUUGAUAAAAUGUUAACGUAAAGGCAUGGAAAAUCAUUUAAUAAAUGUCUUAUUGUAAAAUAGGGUCAGUUGAAAUUGUAAAGUAUGACCAGUAAUUGUAUUCUUUCUAUUUUUAGUUAACAAGACUAUAAAUAUUAAAGUUUUUAAAAAGUAAAAUAGAUCAAAGUACACCGCGAACACUAAUAAACAUAGUGGCGAUUAAACUCUGAGACUAGCGUUGAAGUGUUCUGUGCUGCAACGUGACUUGUCGAUCGUAAAGGUCAGCAAGAUAAAGCUUCUUUGUUUUACAAUAAAAAUAACAAACGUAUUAGAAGCUUUUAUAGUCGUGCAUUACAUUGAAAAUUACAAUAACAAGCGCACUUUUUUGAAAAAUAGCAAAAUUUGAAUUUUUUUACAUAUGGAUAGUUAAUGUAAUAUUCAAUUUAAUUGACAGCUAUAAAUGUAAUUGAAUCCCUACUAUGUCUGUUAUUUUAGUUUUUAACAAAGAAGCUUUAUCUUGAUUACGAUUGCGAUCGGGAAGUCACGUUGCAGCACAGAACACUUCAACGUUACUCACAGAGUUUAAUCGCCUUUAUGUUUUAGUAGUGUUUGUGGUGUACUUUGAUCUAUUUUACUUUAAAACAUGAAUAUUAAUAGACUUUUCGGUUAAAAAUAGAAAAAAAAUCCAAUUAUUUGUACUUUUCCAUAUAAAGCUCAAUUCACCGUAUUUUACAAUAAGAUAGUCUUAACUGAUUUUUCAUACCUUACAUUUAUAUUUUAUCAUUUUCUUGGCCAUCAAAACAUGAAGUAAAGCCAGAGCUUUGAAUUUUCAUCAAAAUUGUUAAAUAUUUAAUUAGUUUUGAAAUUAAUGAUGAUUUUCUAUAUAAAAAAAGGCAUUUUUAACAUUGCUCUAGCGGUACCAAAUUGUUUUCAAGCUUCAAUAGAUAAUAAUAAUGACCUGUUGUCAUUAUUAUGUUGUUGUGUCUGAUAGCAAUCGUCUCUACUGACUCUGUUUUUUCAAUGUUUUGAUUUGAAAUCGUGCACUUUUGAACGAAUUUUAAAGUAAAAGGUAAACAGAACAUUGUUUUUAUUAAACUUAGGUUCACUUUGCAAGUGUUUUUACUUUUUUGAUGGCUUAAGAAUUAAAUCAAUUCUUGAUACUUUUUGUAAAAAUAUUACUUGCUAUUUUUUGCAAAAAUGGUUGCAUUUGGCAUGAAAUAAAAAAAAUUAUAAAAAAGUUAAGAUUUAUUCAAAUUUUGCAUUAGAAACGAUGAUAUUUUACAUUUCGAAUAGGUGCUUCGUAAAAAACUGAAGGUUUAAUGUAUGUUACGUGGAACACCACGUUCUGUGAUGUCAUGAAAAACCAGUUUUUGGGCAAAGGUCACUCCCAAAGCACAUUAUCAUAGUAACACCUGACGAGAAGUCACGUUGAGUUUCAGCGAAAACAAUUUACGUUUUUAGUCUUAUAAUGUAAUAAAGUAGAAGAAAGUAAACAAGGAAGUACCAAAAUUUAAAAAAGAAUACUUUACUUACCUAAAAUUUAAAUUGUAACUAUCUUAGUGUUUUUUAUGUUAUAUCAGCUAUAUUUUAGUCCUACGUUGGUCUGGACCAAUGGAAACGACUACUCCAUUUACUGGCCGAUUGCUCCAAAGACAUUCCCAAAGCACCAGCUCUGUUCGAAGAGUUCAUCGUGCUGUUUUACUUCCAAAUCAAGUUGAUUCAGAACGAUUUCUUCGAAGACCUAUUUACCGGUGACAACUUCCUUAAAACUGUGAUUCCAAUGCUCUUUGCCAACAUUUAUGAUAGUGAUCAUGCGUCGGCGGUGCUCAAGAAACGAUCUCAACAGUUGAAGGCGUUUUGCGAAAAGAAAUUCAAUCGCAGCUUCGAUUAUUAG